UCAGCGGCGGCUGCUGCCUCGCUCUGGUCCCUGCGGCUGGCGGCCGAGCCGUGUGUCUCCUCCUCCGCCGCCGCCAUAUUGUCUGUGUGAGGAGAGGGGAGAGCGGCCGCUACCGCUGCCGCUUGCACCACAGUGUAAAGAAAAGCAGCCUGAAACAAGGUCUUAACACCCCUCACCCCCAGCUGCCUCUGAACACGGUGACUGCCAGAUCUCCAAACAUCAAGUUCAGCUUUGUUCGCCAACCUGUCUGACAUGUCGGGACCCGUGCCAAGCAGGGCCAGAGUUUACACAGACGUUAAUACGCACAGACCCCGGGAGUACUGGGAUUACGAGUCACAUGUGGUGGAAUGGGGAAACCAAGAUGACUACCAGCUGGUUCGAAAAUUAGGCCGGGGUAAAUAUAGUGAAGUAUUCGAAGCCAUCAACAUCACAAAUAAUGAAAAAGUCGUUGUUAAAAUUCUCAAGCCAGUAAAGAAGAAGAAAAUCAAGCGUGAAAUAAAGAUUUUGGAGAAUUUGCGAGGCGGCCCCAACAUCAUCACACUGGCAGACAUUGUAAAAGACCCCGUGUCACGAACCCCCGCCUUGGUUUUUGAACACGUAAACAACACAGACUUCAAGCAAUUAUACCAGACGUUAACAGACUAUGAUAUUCGAUUUUACAUGUAUGAGAUUCUGAAGGCGCUGGAUUACUGUCACAGCAUGGGAAUUAUGCACAGAGAUGUGAAGCCCCAUAAUGUCAUGAUUGAUCAUGAGCACAGAAAGCUUCGGCUAAUAGACUGGGGUUUAGCUGAGUUUUACCAUCCUGGCCAAGAAUAUAAUGUCCGGGUCGCUUCUCGAUACUUCAAAGGUCCUGAGCUACUUGUAGACUAUCAGAUGUAUGAUUAUAGUUUGGAUAUGUGGAGUUUGGGUUGUAUGCUGGCAAGUAUGAUUUUCCGGAAGGAGCCAUUUUUCCAUGGACAUGACAAUUAUGAUCAGUUGGUGAGGAUAGCCAAGGUACUGGGGACGGAAGAUUUAUAUGACUAUAUUGACAAAUACAACAUUGAAUUAGAUCCACGUUUCAAUGAUAUCUUGGGCAGACACUCCCGUAAGCGAUGGGAACGCUUUGUCCACAGUGAAAACCAGCACCUUGUCAGCCCUGAGGCCUUGGAUUUCUUGGACAAGCUGCUGCGAUACGAUCACCAGUCACGGCUCACCGCAAGGGAAGCCAUGGAGCACCCCUAUUUCUACACUGUUGUUAAGGACCAGGCUCGAAUGGGCUCAUCGAACAUGCCAGGAGGCAGUACACCUGUCAGCAGCGCCAAUAUGAUGUCAGGGAUUUCUUCAGUGCCAACCCCUUCGCCCCUCGGACCUCUGGCAGGCUCACCAGUGAUUGCUGCUGCCAACCCCCUCGGAUGCCUGUUCCAGCUGCCGCUGGCGCUCAGCAGUAACGGCCCCCCUGUCUGCUGAUGCCUGAGCAGAGGUGGAGGCGGCCACUCUCCUCGAUGCAGCUCGCGCCUGGCGGGGAGGGUGAAAUACUUACGAAGCACCGUGUCUGAACCGUUGCUUGUGGAAUUAUAGUAGUUCAGUCAUAAAAAAAAUUAUAAUAGGCUGAUUUUCUUUUCCUUUCUUUUUUUCUUUCUUCUUUUUUAACUCGAACUUUUCAUAACUCAGGGGAUUCCCUGAAAAGUUACCUGCAGGUGGAAUUUCACGGACAAAUUUUUUUCUCCCCUUCCAAAUUCAGUUCAUCAUCACUAAAGAACAAAGAUAAACCAGCCUCAAUUCCAGCUGCUGCGAUUGGGGGGAGAUUCUUCCCCCGCCCACCAUUGCUCCCCUACCAUCCCACACUUUGGGGGGUUUGUGUCUCGUUUUGUUUUUCAGAGAUUACAAAAAUGUAGCUUUUUCAAGAGAGGUAGAAAGGAAGGGGGACCCAACUAUAAAGAGCAGCGUCCUGCUAGUCAUUUACACCACGUAACUCCAGAAGUGCUUCAGUGGGGUCAUCCUGGUGAAUCUAGUGGAAAUAAGUCUUAAUAGUUACAUUGAAAUGCUGAAAAAUUGCCCCAAGUCCUGAAAACUUCUGUUCAGUACGAAUCAUGUCUUACUGAUCUGACCCUAAAUCUGACUCACUUAUAAAUUUAGUUUCAGUUUAAAACUUGAAUAACCUUCCCUUCCAAGCUCUCCUUACCUUGGUCCUGUGCCCUUCAUCUCCCAACAUAGAGCUGGUAGGAGUGAGAAGGCACAGUCUUUCUCAGUGUCCUUUGACUUGGCUAUUUUGAAUUCAGUUAGUUACUGGGUAUAACUUACUGCUUUUUACAAAAGAAAACAAACCAUUGUUUAUAUGGAUUUCAUGCUAAUAACGCUUUAAGAGCUAAUGGGAGAUGUGGCCACACUUUCAUUUUAAGCUUUCUACCUUUUUUUCCUCCUGCCUUCCCUCACUUGCCAUCCCGGGAAAGACCUGCCCCUCGGUCUCGUAAAUGCAUCUGAGAGGGAGGGGCGGAGCCGCUGGCUCCGGGGAAACUGAAAUGGUAGCCCUGCAAUGACGGGAAAACGAUCAACUCUUGUUACAGCCCUGCCACCCCUUGCUGUGUGUAUAUAUAAUACUUUGUCCUUCAUAUGUGAAAGAUCCAGUGUUGGAAUUCUUUGGUGUAAAUAAACGUUUGGUUUUAUUUAUCAAG